CAGUCUCACGCCCAUUGUACAUGACAUAGCUUUCCUGUGACUGUUCCAGGAAGUCCGAGGAUCCCUUUUGUUCGACUUCGUCGAGGCGCAAGAAGGAUGCUGUUUGGAUCAGAUCUUUAGCAUACGUGAGAAACGCCUUCCCAUCCGUUAAAGGAUCCUCCGGCCAUAAGAUGACUCUUGGGGUCUUGUUGAGCGUCCUCCUUCCCGGCCUUUGCUCUGCGGCCAUUUCUUGCUAUGGAGACCAUGGACAACCUGUAGACUGGUUCAUUGUGUACAAGUUGCCUCGGCUAGAUCACACCCCUGAGGGGGGCAUAAAGUACAUGUACCAGGACAGUAAUAGCGGCGGAUGGGUUCAGGGGGUGGCGUUGAUGAAUAGCACAGAAAGCGCCGUGGGACAAACGCUCAGUCAACUCUACAAAUCUUCAAAGUCAAAGAACGUGGCUUAUGUGCUGUACAAUGAUCAACCUCCUGUGACUAUGUCCGGUGUCAUCCGUGGCCACACUAAAGGUGUUGUUCUUCUUGACAAAACUCAGGGCUUCUGGCUCAUACACAGCGUUCCUCACUUUCCGCCAUCCAGUUCAGAAAAGUAUGACUGGCCUCCCAAUGCCUAUCACAAUGGUCAGUCCUUCAUCUGCGUCACUUACCCAUAUGCACAGUUCAAAGAAAUUGGCACCCAGCUUAUGUACAACACCAUCACCCCGUAUGAUUCCUCCAUCCCAGACCCCUUCAGUGGUGACUUACCCGACCUAAACUCAGCAGCAAUGAAGAAGGAAGUAACCAAACCCCCAUGGAACCGGCAAGUCACCCUCAAUUCAGCUGGCGGCAAACAGUUCACAAGUUUUGCCAAACAUGCAAGAUUUGGAGAUGAUCUAUAUUCCGGAUGGGUCUCUGAGGUCUUGAAGUCGGACCUGUAUGUACAGUUUUGGUUGAACUCCCGGGGAAUCCUCCCAUCUAACUGCUCCCUGACAUAUCACACAUAUGACAUUAAUUUCAUCUCCUUUGGCUCGGACAUCAGUUUCUCGUCUCACAUUGACCACUCCAAGUGGUGUGUGACCUGGUCUGACUCCCCGGGCUGGGCCUGUAUUGGCGAUAUGAAUCGGGAUAAUGAGGAGAUGCAGAGAGGAGGGGGCACCCUGUGUAGCUCGGACCCCAAUGUAUGGAAAUCUUUCAAAACCUUGGUGUCCGAUUACGACAAAUGCAAAUAAUCUAGGGAUACUGAAGUUAAACUAUACCGAAUUGUCUGCCAUAUUUUGGGUCUUAAUGUUUAUUUUUUCAUCACUAACCGAUCCAAGAAUCAUAAAUGUUUUUUAUUUUUCUGUUGAACA